UAUCGGACAGUUGACUUUUGUCUUCACUCUUUUAUAGAACGUAUGUUGCUAGUACUCGCCAGUUAAAUACAAUAUGUAGAAAAUCGCCAAUGGGCUAUUUUGAAUAAUAUAUUAGUUUUGUUUAAGAUUAUGUUUCCUUCUGGCGGCUAUUUUCGUAGUGCAAACUGUCCGUUCUUUCAACAUGGCCUUUGUCACAGACCAUACUGCCAUUUUCGCCACACAAAACCAGAAUACAAACCUAGCUCAACACCAAGUGCCAAACAAAUGCAAAUCACUGUACCAGAAGCAGUCCAAGGAGAAAGCAAAGUUGUCAAAUCAUCAUAUCAACCUUUCAAGAGUACAAAGGAAGAAUCAAGAAUUAAGAGCAAGACUUUGGUGAAAGACAAGGCUGAUGAAACACCAGAUAAAACAAGCCAAUCAACUACCUCUACCAAGCCUCUGUUUAAGAGGACUGCUUUAGAAGAAAAACUGAUUGCAUUUUCAGAGAAUGCAAAUGAAUUCCUUUCUGACUCUGAUAGUAGUGAUGUUGAAACUCUGCAAAAAGAAAAAAAGGCCUUAAAAGGUUCCAAGAUUGAAUAUAGUGUUGCUCCAGAAAACAAGGCUGGAGGAGAAAUCUUAGGCACUAUCUCUAAUGAAAGUACACCAAUUCUCAAAGAAGGUGCUUCUCUUGCAGCCAAAAACUCUCUACCUGUCAAUAGUGUAGUUACAGAAGGUCAAGCUAAACAAGAAAAAACAAUUACGAAAGGCUCUGUUGGUAAAUAUAAUGAUUUAGAAACUGGUGAAAAUACAAUUUCUCAAAGUGUGAGAAAUGAAAUUAAUAAAUCUGAGAAUUGUGAAGGGAAGAAUGCAGAUAAAGAAAAAUGUCAGUCAGAAAGAACUCAACAUAAGUUAUCUAGGGAUGCACCAACAGAUGCUGUGUUAUCUGGAAAUGUUGAAGACAGCAGCAACAGCUGCAAAAAUGAAGUUUUGGAAAAGAUGGAGAUUGAGAAAAGUGAUAAUGAACAAAAUACUAAACCUGAGGAGGUUAAGAGUCUAAACAGUAUAAUCAGCGAUCUGCAAAAAUACGGAACUGGAAUUGAAGUGAAAACUAAAAAGGACAAUCAUAAAGAUGAAAUUGAAAUUGGUAAAAAAGAAAAGCCCAAACCGGAACCUCCUAAAUUGACGGAUGUUAAUUUUUUCAGUGCAAAUGUUUCCAAGCAAAGUAAAAAGAUUUCAAAAGACGAAAAAAGUCCUAAGAAGAAGGAUGCUACUAAACUUAAGAAAGAAGAUGAAAAACGCGAGAAAUUGACAAAGGAAAAGAAAAAGCUGAAGAAAACAUUGAGUGAAAGCAACUUGGGGAAUACUAAGGAAAAGAGUAAAAUUCAGCGUUAUAAAGAGUUAAAAAAACUUGUCAAAGAUUCUGAAAAAAAUAUGGAUGCCGUCAAAGACCCUGAUAAGAGUUCACCUUCAGGUUCUAGGGAAAAAAGUCGCACCAAAAAGGCAGAGAAAGGUAAGGAAAUAAAGGAGCCAAUCAAGAAUGUUAAGAAAAAGUCAACCACUGCAGAAACAUCUGAUACAAUAUCGUCCUCUAUGAUGGAUAAAAAACCUGAGAAACGACAUAAAGAAUUUGUGCAGAAAACGAGUGUUAUGCGUGUUUCUUCGAAUCCUGAACUGAGUUGUAGGAAAAGUGUUGUCGAGUCAGAUUUUGAUAAUAGUAUGGAGGACGACAGUGAGGAAAAUGAACUGUUAAGGAUAUUUAAUGAUUAUGAUCCUGGCGAUGAGCCAGAUAUUAUGGAUAGCAUGAAUGACCAUGUGGAUUUUGAAAUGAGGGAUAUAUCAAAUGAUGCCGUUCAGCCAAUGCCCAAAUCUAUAGGACAGAAGAGAUCAUCUGCAGAACUAGAGUCGAUUCCUGUGGGAUUUAAAAAACAGCGGGUUGCACAUCAGCCUGGUCUAGUAAUUCGACGUGCAACAACAUCAAGAAGUAAUUCAAAUCCAUUCAGAAUUUUGCCUCGUCCUUUGCAAGGAACAUUGGCUCCCCCUCCACGUCAACCUCCUCAGUCUAUUAAACCCCAGGGAGAAAGAGAUCUAGUCUCGUCAACUCAUGUGAAACAGAGAAUUACACACUACACCAAAUCUUCAGGAACUGUUUUUCAAAGACCCAGAAUAAGGCUGGAGUAUGGGGCCAAGGUUCCGCAAAGUGUGAGGCAGAAAUACCUGGAUAAACUCGUCGAUGAAUAUUUGAGUACGUACGAAGAUCAACAAGAAGCAUUCAAUAAGGCAGAAAAAGAAGAGAAGGAGAUUUACAUAAAAAGUCCAAGACGUCAAGUGUAUAUCAACUUGUGUGUAAAUCUUAUCAAGAAACUACGUGAUGUUACGGAACCAUCAGACGUGGAUGGUGGUAACAAACGUAAUCCAUUGGCUACUAAAUCAACGUUACCCAGCCCGAAAAAAAAGCUUAAAAUUGACCCCACAGCUUCGGCAAGUGUUGCCAAAGUUAUUCAAAGCGUUGAAAAUAAUGUCGAAAAUAAACCGAAGGGUGCAGUAUUUGAAGAUGGCAAGAUAACAGAGGAAGAGUUCUAUACUCGAAUGCAGAAAUAUGUAUUGGCUAAAGAGGAAUUGGAGGGAAAUGGGUACCCUCGACCCUCUAGUAUUCCAGGUCAUGCUGAGAUAACUGAUGUUUACUCAAAACAAAAAAGAAACGUAAAUGAUCCUACACGCCAUAUUUGCUGUCGAUGUGGUAAGGCAUUCGUGAUCUUAGAGUCUGGAGAAUAUCCCAAUAAAGAGGAGUGUGUCUACCAUCAUGGUCGCUUGCUUCGGACCAGAACUGCCGGGGAGAUAGUGACGUCGUAUACAUGUUGUCAAGGUGAAUCUGGAUGUAUAGGAUGCUCUAUUUCGAAGGCACAUGUUAGACCGACGUACUGGUCUGAAGAAACAGGAUUUGCUGAAACUAGACAAAAUCCAAAACCGACAAAAAAGAAAAUUUAUGCCUUAGAUUGCGAGAUGUGUUACACGUCAAAAGGCCUGGAAUUGACUCGAGUUACUGUGGUAGAUUAUAAAUGUGAAGAAAUCUACGAUACUCUGGUGAAACCAGAAAACGACAUUAUCGAUUACAAUACAAGAUUUAGUGGUAUAACUGAAGAGAGCAUGAUUGGAGUGACAAUGUCAUUACGCGAUGUUCAGUCUGUAUUGCUGAGCAUGUUUUAUGAGGAUACCAUAUUACUAGGUCACAGUCUGGAAAGUGACUUAAGAUCCUUGAAAAUAAUUCACAGUACCGUUGUCGACACUGCAAUAGUAUUUCCUCAUCGUCUUGGGUUACCUUAUAAAAGGGCCCUGAAAACAUUAAUGGCUGAAUAUGUGAGGAAAAUAAUUCAGGAUGGCGCAGAGGGUCAUGAUAGUUUAGAAGAUGCUGUGUCUUGCGUUGAGUUAAUGUUAUGGCGAGUAAAGGAAAGGGGGGAAAACAUGAAAAUAAAAGAACGAAAGAGGUGACUACUUCCAAGCAAAGAGUGUUGUACUCACAGGUGAUUGGAUAAACGGUGUCACGAUAAAUAAAGAUAGUUAUAUUUUUUCAAAGAAAAUGUGGCUAUACAAAUAAAAGUUCAUAACGACACGAGGUUUGCGUAAUGAGAGGUAUUGUUGUCAGUCUCC